AUGUUUCUGUUCCAGCACAGGGAAUCAGCUUGGGUACACCUGGGCUUAUGCUGUUACGGCGAAGCUGUUGGAGCUGUUGGAGCUGGCACUGCUUCACAGACAGGAUCGGAUGGUGAUGAGAAAUCCCAUGAACCCGGGAACUGCCCAGACACCAGGUCCAUAUACAGCAACGGAAGCGCCUCCAAUCGUGGACAUGGCACGGAUGAUACUCUGGCCGUGACUCGGAUAUUGGAACAGUAUGGAAUCCCUUGCUUUCUGGUCGGUACAGCGGCCCUCGUUUUCAACGGCACUGACAGAGUUCGUAUGCUUAAAGUGAUCCGUCUCGUGUCGCAGGACAGGGAAAUUUGCGUGCCAACUGAGCUCGUGAGCCAGGCAGCAGAGAUACUGCAAUCAGAACCAUACGCAGCGCAAUAUCGCCUGAUCAAACCGUGGCCUCAUUACUAUUCCUUAUCUCUGUAUCACAUGUACCACCGGUUGAAAAGCAGAGAGAUUGAUCAUUACUUCUUCCUUGUUCCUUCAAUCGACAUGUAUAUUGAUUAUGUCCCUUCCAAUUUCACACGUAGUUUCAGAGGGCUACCGUAUCCUAAGCUGGAUGUCUCUAUUAAAAGCUGUUUGGACACUUGCUACAUGGUCCAGCUUUGUGAUGUGAUCGACGAUACCAAUGUGUCGGAGGAAUGGGAAGAGAAGGGCUUGAACAUAAAGGGGACUAACGAUGUAGAAUGGGCCAGAGAAAAGAAUAAGAGGGGAGAGGAGUUUGGCGGAAUGACAACUUAUGCUAUGUUUGCUUGGGGAGGACGGAGAGACAAGCGGGAGAUGUGGCGGUUGUUGGUGCGCACUAAGGAGGACCGGUUGGAUUGGACAAAACUCAAGGAUAUAUUUAUAACUCAAUAUUGUAUUAUAGGUGAUCCGGAUUCCUGGAUGGAGUUAUCUGACAUGUCUUAA